AUGCCGGGAAGCCGAGACUGGCAGCUUGCCGUUCACCGGGCGCAGCAAGGAUUUGGAAGUGGGAGCCAAAUAGCUUUAUGCCAAGCGAUCGUUGCCUGCGGGAGAGCCGAACAGUGGCAGACGGCACUGCAGAUGUUGUCCAGCAUCUUUGCAUCGAGGUCGGUUCCUGAUGUCUACAGCUUCAGCGCUGCUAUUACGGCCUGCGAGAGGAGCUUGAAAUGGCAGAUUGCAAUAGGACUCUUAGGGCACAUGGUAUUUGUCCAGACCCUGCCAAAUGUAGUCAGCUACAAUGCUAGCAUCAGCGCAUGUGAGAAGGGAGGUGAGUGGCAAAUAGCAUUGCUCCUCUUCUCGCAGAUGCCGACUUACGAUGUUGCGCCAAGUGAGAUCAGCUAUAACGCCAGCAUCAGCGCCUGUGAGAAAGGAAGUGUCUGGCAGAUGGCCCUGCGUUUGUUGUCGCAGAUGCCGGCGGCCAGAGUUGUGUCAAGCGAGAUAAGUUUCAAUGCCAGUAUCAGUGCUUGCGAGAAAGGCAGACAAUGGCAGAUGGCGUUGUUUUUGCUGUCGCAGAUGCCGGAAGCCAGUGUGCUGCCAGAUAGGAUCAGUUUCAAUGCCAGCAUCAGUGCUUGUGAAAAGGGUGGUAAUUGGCGGAUGGCGUUGCAUUUGUUGUCGCAGAUGCCGGUAGCCAGGGCUGUGCCCAAUGAAAUUAGCUUCAAUGCUGGCAUUAGUGCAUGUGAUAAAGGCGGAGAGUGGCAGACAGCGCUGUUUCUGCUGUCAAAGAUGUUUGCGGUUAGUGUUGUGCCGGGCGUUAUCAGCUUCAAUGCCAGCAUCAGCGCAUGUGAGGACAUUGGCGGGUGGCAGACGGCACUGCACCUGUUGUUGCAGAUGGCGGAAGUCAGUGUUGUGCCGAGUGGGAUCAGCUACAAUUCCGUCAUUAGUGCAUGUGAGAAAGGCGGUGAAUGGCAGAUGGCGUUGUAUUUGCUGUCGCGAAUGCCAGCAAACCGUGUUGUGCCAAACGAGAUCAGCUACAGUGCUAGCAUCAGUGCCUGUGAGAAAGGGGGUGAGUGGCAGGCGGCGCUGCAUGUGCUUUCGCAGAUGCCGAUAGCUACAGUUAUUCCAAAUCAGAUUAGUUAUAGUGCCGCCAUCAGUGCAUGCGAGGCAGCGGGAGAGUGGCGGACGGCGCUGGAACUGUUUUCAGAGAUGCAGAAUGCAAACAUUGCCCCAGAUGUGAUCAGUUUCAAUGCCAGCAUCAGUGCUUGUAAGACAGGUGGUGAGUGGCAGAUGGCUUUGCAUUUGUUUUCAGAGUUGCCGAAAGCUGGUCUCGUGCCAAAUUUCAUCAGCUGCAGUUCUGUCAUCAGCGCCUGUGAGACCUGCGAUGUGUGUAGCUUCGCAUGGGCAGGCCCUGGAUGCAGCUUCUUCCGAAGCCUAAAUAUGGGGGUUUCCGAAAAUAGGAGACCCUAA